CAACAGCUCUGUGAUUGGUUAACUGAUCACAGGACUUUCACGUUGUGCCCAGACAAACUGUCUUAACACAGCACACCCUCUACCCCUGAGUGAACACAGUGCACAAAGCUAUCAACUGGAGAAAAGAUGUUCCUGGGCUCUGGGGUCAUUCUUUUCUCACUUUUUGUAGUGGCUGAAGCACAGACAACAUUGCUACAGGAGAUGAUAUCUAUAUCUGCAUCUACGAAGAACACUGUUGAAUUUCCCUGUAAAGUCUCAGGCCUGAGUUCAGGGAAUUAUAUCCACUGGUACCAUAAAAAAGAAGGGGGAACUUUGGAACGAGUGCUCUGCAUUACCAGUAGUGGCAGUAUAUUAGAUACUAUUGAUAAAAAAAACAUACAAAAUUCUAAGUAUGAUCUAAAGAUUUUGUCUGUAGAAGAGAAACAUGCUGGUAUCUACUAUUGUGCCUAUUGGGACAACGUCAAAAUAUUUGGGUCAGGGACAAGAUUAAUUGUCUCAGACACUCCAAAGAAAGCCCCGGCUGUGGUCGUUUACCCACCAACUAAACCGCAAGAUGGAAAGACAGCCUUGGUUUGCAUCGCCCAGGGCAUGUAUCCGGCCUUCGUCAGAUUCAAAUGGAAAGAAGAAGAUCGGGAAAUUCCCGAGGCGGAAGUUCUGGCACAUGAAAUAGAGGAUGGUAGCGCCAGUAUAUUAAUAAUCGAUGAAAGUAAGGCAGAGAUGAAACACACAUGUCAGGUGGAACAUGAAAUUCCAUCCAAGGAAUUGGAGAUACCGAAACGGACAGGUAGCACGGAAAGAGAAGACCCUAAGGGCCCAGUCCCACAAGAUAACCCAAGGAGGGCUUUGCCAGCCUGCAAUGAUACAGGACCGUAUCAGACCUUAUCAGACGAGUCUUUUCUGCCCUCGAGGAGACUGUAUCUGGCGAGCCUCAUCUACACCUUGAUGACACUGAAGAGCGUUGCGUACUUUGGUGUUGUGUCCCUCCUUAUGUACAAGAGGUCCACCUAACAGCCCAUCAGCAGAAUAUAAUACUCCCUUUUCUUAUCACCAUCCAUUCUUGUUGGCCUAAAAUAAUCAUUCGUUUGUCGUCUCCUAGACAUUCCAAAAAUAUAUCUGCCUGUUUAACAGGCAUACAUAAUGGUUGACUUCUUUGCAUUGUUAAUAGUUCAUUCAUCUUCUUGUUUAAUAUGAACCGUAAGAAAACCAGUCUGUAUCUAUUGCAUAUAGUAUAUUCAAUGUUUUGGAUGUAUCCAGUUUUGUUUACAUAGGUUAUAGGCUAUUCUACUGUGUCCAGAUGCAGGGUAUUUACUGCCUGUUGUCCUCAUGUUCGUUUAUAUUGGCCUAUAUAUAUUCAUAAAAAAUACAUGUAUCCUCAGAAUUGUUCAUGUUAAUGAUUUUAGUCACAUUUUUCUUUUCACAACAUUUCUUUACAUUUUACAUUUUUGAUAUUAUAUGAGAAUAAUGCCUGAGCAUUUAGUGUAUUUUACAAGAGGAGCUUCGACAUGAAGGCAGUUGUUCUUUCGUUAGAAAUAGUUUGUUUCAAUAUGAUUCAAUUUCAUUGUCUUUUCUAAAAAUGAAUAAAAUUGCUUUGCUGCAUCGA